AGUUCUCAUUUUUAGCACUCUCCCAUCACUUUUGCAGAGCACUGAUCAACGAUCAGGAUGUGGCGGGCAGCAUCAAAGCAAGUGAUCCGGACCGUCGGUUCCUCCCUCUCCGACCUCUCCCCUCUCCGGAAGCAGCUCCAUGCUACUCCUGGGAAAAAGAAAAUAGUGGGUGUGUUCUAUAAGGGGAACGAGUAUGCAGAGAAGAACCCUAAUUUUUUGGGGACGGUGGAGAGGGCUUUGGGAAUCAGAGAGUGGUUGGAAAGUCAAGGCCACCAGUACAUUGUCACUGAUGAUAAAGAUGGCCCUAAUUCCGAACUUGAGAAGCACAUUCCUGACCUCCAUGUUCUAAUCACCACCCCCUUCCACCCCGCAUACGUCACCGCCGAACGAAUCAAAAAAGCCAAAAACCUCCAACUCCUCCUAACCGCCGGCAUUGGCUCCGACCACAUUGAUCUCAAAGCCGCCGCCGACGCGAAGCUCACCGUCGCUGAAGUCACCGGAAGCAAUGUCGUGUCCGUCGCAGAAGACGAGCUCAUGAGAAUUCUCAUUCUCGUUCGAAACUUCGUUCCCGGUUAUCAGCAGGUCAUCAAUGGCGAUUGGAACGUUGCCGCAAUCUCUUAUCGGGCUUACGACCUCGAAGGCAAGACCGUCGGAACCGUCGGCGCCGGCCGAAUAGGAAAGCUUUUGCUGCAGCGGCUGAAGCCGUUUAAUUGCAAUCUCCUCUAUCACGAUCGGUUGAAGAUCGAUCCGGAGUUGGAGAAGGAGAUCGGAGCGAAGUUUGAGGAAGAUCUUGAUGUUAUGCUUCCUAAAUGUGAUGUUGUUGUGAUUAACACACCUCUUACUGAGAAGACAAGGGGAUUGUUUGAUAAGGAAAGAAUUUCAAAGUUGAAGAAGGGAGUUCUUAUUGUUAAUAAUGCUAGAGGAGCUAUUAUGGAUACUCAGGCAGUAGUGGAUGCUUGCAACAGUGGACAUAUUGCAGGCUACAGUGGUGAUGUGUGGAAUCCACAGCCAGCUCCAAAAGAUCACCCAUGGAGAUACAUGCCAAACCAGGCCAUGACUCCUCAUGUUUCAGGCACAACCAUUGAUGGCCAACUGAGGUAUGCGGCUGGUGUGAAGGACAUGCUUGACAAAUACUUCAAAGGAGAAGACUUUCCUCAGCAGAACUAUAUUGUGAAGGAAGGCAAACUUGCAAGCCAGUACCUGUGAAUCUGUGAUUUUCACUUUCUACUCGGUCUGAGGGGCAGCUGCCUUAUUAUAUGAUCAUCUAAAUAACCCUUUGCUGGUGGAGUUAGUCUGGUCUCUGUGUAUUCUCUUGUUUGAUGCUUUGUGUGUGGGUGUGAAGUAGUUUCUAUGGUGUUUAAUGCAAAUAAAAUUCUAGAAAUUGUUCGGGUGUUAUUGCUAA